GGGGCUUGAAGGGGCGGGAGGAGGCGGCGGCGGAGACCCGGGGUCGCGCCGAGCAUUCGUGCCGGGAGGAGACAGUGAGGGCGGGCUGAGUGACAGCAGGAGGCACCAGGGCAGGCGCCUCCCUCAUCCUCCGCAGACAUGUACAUCAAGCAGGUAAUCAUUCAGGGCUUUCGAAGCUACAGGGACCAAACCAUUGUGGACCCAUUCAGCUCGAAACACAAUGUCAUUGUGGGAAGAAAUGGAUCUGGAAAAAGCAACUUUUUUUAUGCGAUUCAGUUUGUCCUCAGUGAUGAGUUCAGUCAUCUUCGCCCAGAGCAAAGACUGGCUUUGUUACAUGAAGGUACAGGUCCUCGUGUUAUUUCAGCGUUUGUGGAAAUUAUUUUUGACAAUUCAGACAACAGGUUACCGAUUGAUAAAGAGGAAGUCUCACUUCGCAGAGUCAUUGGAGCCAAGAAGGACCAAUAUUUCUUAGACAAGAAAAUGGUGACGAAAAAUGAUGUAAUGAAUCUUCUUGAAAGUGCUGGAUUUUCUCGCAGUAAUCCCUACUAUAUUGUCAAACAAGGAAAGAUCAACCAGAUGGCCACAGCUCCUGACUCUCAAAGACUGAAGCUACUAAGAGAAGUAGCGGGUACCAGAGUGUACGAUGAACGUAAAGAAGAGAGUAUUUCACUAAUGAAAGAAACAGAGGGCAAGCGAGAGAAGAUCAAUGAGUUGUUGAAAUACAUUGAAGAGCGACUGCAUACCCUAGAAGAGGAGAAAGAGGAGCUGGCUCAGUACCAGAAGUGGGAUAAAAUGAGGAGAGCAUUAGAAUACACCAUUUAUAAUCAGGAGCUUAAUGAAACUCGAGCUAAGCUUGAUGAGCUUUCUGCCAAACGAGAGACAAGUGGAGAGAAAUCCAGGCAGCUGAGAGAUGCACAGCAAGAUGCUAGAGAUAAAAUGGAGGAAAUAGAACGACAAGUUCGAGAACUGAAGACAAAGAUUUCUGCAAUGAAAGAAGAGAAAGAACAGCUAAGUGCUGAAAGACAGGAACAGAUUAAACAGAGGACUAAAUUAGAGUUGAAGGCUAAAGACCUGCAGGAUGAAUUAGCUGGCAACAGUGAACAAAGGAAAAGACUGUUAAAAGAGAGGCAAAAGCUUCUUGAAAAAAUUGAGGAGAAGCAGAAAGAAUUAGCAGAAACGGAGCCGAAAUUCAACAGUGUAAAAGAAAAAGAAGAGAGGGGAAUUGCUAGACUUGCACAGGCUACACAGGAAAGAACAGAUCUUUAUGCAAAACAAGGUCGAGGAAGCCAGUUUACUUCCAAAGAAGAAAGGGAUAAGUGGAUAAAGAAAGAAUUGAAGUCUUUAGAUCAAGCCAUCAAUGACAAGAAGCGGCAGAUUGCAGCUAUACACAAGGAUUUAGAGGAUACAGAGGCAAACAAGGAGAAGAAUUUGGAACAGUACAGUAAACUGGACCAGGAUCUUAACGAAGUGAAGGCGCGUGUUGAAGAACUGGACAGAAAAUACUAUGAAGUGAAAAAUAAAAAGGAUGAACUACAGAGUGAAAGAAAUUAUCUGUGGAGGGAAGAGAAUGCAGAACAACAAGCUCUCGCUGCAAAGCGGGAGGAUUUAGAAAAGAAACAGCAGCUUCUCAGAGCAGCAACAGGAAAGGCCAUUUUGAAUGGUAUAGACAGCAUAAACAAAGUCUUGGAGCACUUCCGUCGAAAAGGCAUAAACCAACAUGUUCUAAAUGGCUAUCAUGGCAUUGUGAUGAAUAACUUUGAAUGUGAACCAGCUUUCUACACCUGUGUUGAAGUUACUGCAGGGAACAGGUUGUUUUAUCACAUUGUGGAUUCUGAUGAGGUCAGUACAAAGAUCCUUAUGGAAUUUAACAAAAUGAACCUUCCUGGAGAAGUUACUUUCCUCCCUCUGAAUAAGCUGGAUGUUAGAGAUACUGCUUAUCCUGAGACUAAUGAUGCUAUUCCUAUGAUCAGUAAACUGAGAUACAAUCCAAGAUUUGACAAAGCUUUCAAACAUGUUUUUGGCAAGACUCUAAUUUGUCGUAGCAUGGAAGUGUCUACCCAGCUGGCCAGAGCUUUCACUAUGGAUUGUAUUACUCUGGAAGGUGAUCAAGUCAGCCAUCGUGGUGCUUUGACUGGAGGUUAUUACGACACAAGGAAGUCUCGGCUUGAAUUACAAAAAGAUGUUAGAAAGGCAGAAGAAGAACUUGGUGAACUUGAAGCAAAACUCAAUGAAAACUUACGCAGAAACAUUGAAAGGAUUAAUAAUGAGAUUGACCAGCUAAUGAACCAAAUGCAGCAAAUUGAGACACAGCAGAGAAAGUUCAAAGCCUCUCGAGACAGCAUUUUGUCAGAGAUGAAAAUGCUGAAGGAGAAGAGGCAGCAGUCUGAGAAGACAUUUAUGCCUAAGCAACGCAGUUUGCAGAGCUUAGAGGCAAGUUUACACGCUAUGGAGUCAACUAGAGAAUCGUUAAAAGCAGAGCUGGGGACUGAUUUGUUGUCUCAGCUAAGUCUUGAAGAUCAGAAACGUGUGGAUGCUCUCAAUGAUGAAAUUCGACAACUACAGCAAGAAAACAGACAGCUUUUGAAUGAGAGGAUUAAACUGGAAGGCAUUAUCACAAGAGUUGAGACAUAUCUCAAUGAGAAUCUGAGAAAACGCCUAGACCAAGUGGAACAAGAACUGAAUGAGCUUCGAGAAACAGAAGGUGGCACAGUUCUUACUGCCACAACAUCGGAACUUGAGGCUAUCAACAAACGAGUGAAAGAUACACUGGCACGGUCAGAUGAUCUGGAUAAUUCUAUUGACAAAACGGAAGCAGGAAUUAAAGAGCUUCAAAAGAGCAUGGAACGCUGGAAGAACAUGGAAAAGGAGCAUAUGGAUGCCAUUAACCAUGAUACAAAAGAACUUGAAAAAAUGACUAACAGGCAAGGCAUGCUUCUCAAGAAGAAAGAGGAAUGCAUGAAGAAAAUCCGAGAGUUGGGUUCACUUCCACAGGAGGCUUUUGAAAAGUACCAGACUUUAAGUUUAAAGCAGUUAUUCCGCAAACUGGAGCAGUGUAAUACGGAACUGAAGAAGUACAGUCACGUUAAUAAAAAAGCUUUAGAUCAGUUUGUGAAUUUCUCAGAGCAGAAAGAAAAAUUGAUAAAAAGACAAGAGGAACUGGACAGGGGCUACAAAUCCAUCAUGGAGCUGAUGAAUGUCCUUGAGCUGAGGAAAUAUGAGGCUAUUCAGCUGACUUUCAAACAGGUGUCAAAAAAUUUCAGUGAAGUAUUCCAGAAGUUAGUCCCUGGUGGCAAGGCCACGUUAGUGAUGAAGAAGGGAGAUGUGGAGGGCAGUCAGUCCCAGGAUGAAGGUGAAGGCAGCACCGAGAGUGAAAGGGGAUCUGGAUCGCAGAGCAGUGUUCCAUCUGUAGACCAGUUCACUGGAGUUGGCAUAAGGGUAUCGUUCACAGGGAAGCAGGGUGAAAUGAGAGAAAUGCAGCAACUUUCAGGUGGACAGAAAUCCUUAGUGGCCCUAGCCCUGAUAUUUGCUAUCCAGAAAUGUGAUCCAGCUCCAUUUUACUUGUUUGAUGAAAUCGACCAAGCCUUGGAUGCUCAGCACAGAAAAGCUGUUUCAGAUAUGAUUAUGGAACUAGCUGAACAUGCUCAGUUUAUUACAACAACUUUUAGGCCUGAAUUGCUCGAGUCAGCUGACAAGUUCUAUGGUGUAAAAUUCAGAAACAAGGUUAGUCAUAUUGAUGUGAUCACAGCAGAAAUGGCCAAAGACUUUGUAGAAGAUGACACCACACAUGGUUAAAUGCAAUUGUACUUACUGCUUGUUUGGAAGAUGUGUAUAGUGCUAUGUUUAUGCCAGGGACCUGUAAAUUUAAAGUACGAAGUAUUUAGUCCUUGUUUAAAAUAGUUUUUGAACACAUUUUAACCAAGACCCCAGAAGGCUUAGUUUCAAAGAAGUUUGAGUAUCCAUUUUGUCUCUGUUGCUGUAUUUUAUAAGAUAAUUGUUAAUGCUACCUUUAUACAGUACCUGUAGUUUGGAAAUUUUAUUCUUUUCCCUCGAUCUUUUGUAAAGUGUCUGUUGCUGUUUUAAAGCUUUUCAGAAAGUGCUGGCUAUUCCUUCUUAAGUAUAAUUUUACCAUUUAUAUUGCCUCACAUUGUUUUGUUUUGGUUUUUUUUUUAAUGGCUUCAAUUAAAAUGAUUGGGUUUAUCGCUGUAACUUCUAUACAUUAAGUUUCUGGUUUAUAUUGUCUGUCUUUAAAGGAUUCCACUGAAAUGGAGUAAAUACUAUUUGGUCAUAUUGGAGCUCCAUAUAUCAGAAGUAUGAGAUGAAGCAAUUCUUUUAAGUUAUUCUUAAUUCUCUUUUCCCCCUUUUUUUGCACAUUGCCAAUGCCAGCAGAAAACCACCCAAAAUCUGUGCUUGUCCAAAUUCAGUGUUCUGGUUAAUGAACUGAAAAAAAAUGUAAAAAUCAGAAGAAGCUGAGAAGUCUGAAAAGACCCUAGAACUGUAUCAAGACAAAUCACAGACCCCACUUUUUUCCUGGCACCCUGGCCAGUGUAAGAAUUCCUCCAUCAUAUCCCUUCAUCUUCCCCGCGAGACCAGCAUAACUUGAGCCAAGUGACAGUCACCAGUUUGAUGGGGCUUCAUCUGCAAGCACUCUUGCUCCCCACUGAGAAUUUCAGGAACUGCAGGAAAGGAGGGCAUGAACUGGUGGCAGGUCUCCCCAGCUGAGAGUGCAUAUACUUGCUAUACAGGGCAGGAUAAGAGAAGAAUACUACAGUUAGUAUCGAGUAACUCCCCCAGGGAAUGAUAAUCAUGUAGGAAAUUACUACCUGCAGUAAGUUUUAAGACAGAAGGAGGAGAAUGUUGUACCUGACAUAACAAAGCUUUCUAUAGCAGGGAGUCACUAGCUACAUGGUAGACUUUCUGUGAACAGAGGGUGGAGUACAGAACAUAAAACAAACUCUUGAGUAACCCCAACUCCCCCAAAAUGUCUAGCAUGGCAGUAGAACACCCUGAAUAAUUGGGAAUUUGUCCUAUGCACACAGAGCUCUGAAUUAUGCAUUUAGGGUGGCUAUGGAGCAAAGCACUUCUGAAUUACAGGUGAAACAAGUGAGUUCAAAGUCCAGAGAAGGACCUAAAGAAUCUAGCCACAGAUUCAUGCCUAAAGUUACUGAUUUCAAUGUGUUUGAUCUGGUGCAUGUAAGGACACACUUGAAGUGUCUGUGAUCUGUUGGCCUGUAGUAAUAGCUGGCUGUGCUCUUGGCUAACUCAUUAGGGCAUCAGCUUGGCAGUUGUUUGCUUAAAUUUUGGAAGAGAGAAGCCAUGAAGCUAAUUACUGUGCUUAUUAUGAAGUGCCAUGAUCAAUCUUAGAUGGAUUUACUAUGAAUGAAUUCUAUCAAAUAAUUCAUUAAAAUAGGAAUAGAUUAGUAGAGUGGUAGGUGGUUUGAAUUUUUUUUGUACUGAGCCUAAAUGCAGCUGAAUAACUUGAGUAAUUUCAGCUGUGUUAGGAAUUUUCCUCUGGGUUGAGUCUAGCAUUAAGUUUGUUAUCAAGCACAGUAGGAGGAUGGGUUACUAGCAAACUGGUGGAAACACAGAUGAAUACUGGGUUGAUACUGUGCAGGGUAUGAAUAGACAAGCCUUUAGCUAUCACUUCUAUUUCUUGUCUGCUAAAGACCAAGGUUUAGAACCAAUUGCACAAAACUUGAGAAAUUUAUCAAGACUUUCAGAAUCCCUUGUUAAGUUUGGGGGCUGGUGAUUAUUUUUUGUUUAAAUGACUACUAAACUUUAUUCUGUCCUUUAAAAGUGACAUUUCUAGAGAGGCUACUUCCUAAGAUGACACCUUGUUUUCCUGUGAGCGUACUUCUUCCCAGGUGCUCAUCCGCAAUGCUGUGAUGUCUCUCUGCUGUGCAGCCACAUACUACAAGUGUGAAAAAAACUUAAUGGCAUCAGUUCCUUCAUCUGAUUCAGCAAGUUGAGUGUGUUAGCAGUAAUGCUGGCAUGCAUGGGACUGGAAUGGGAAAGGCUGAAAUAACUUACACAGCACCUCUAGAUGUCAAAGCACUGUGUGCAGUGCUGCAGAUGCCCUACAGUGAGCUUGGGUUGCUGAGUUAGAAGCUGUAGUUAGAAUUGAAGAGGGAUGGAGUAAGGUGGGUUAUUUAGCAAAAUCUAUGCCAGCUUGCUAUAUUGGAAAAUAAAUGGGAUGAGUGGGAACUGCACGAAAGUAGGAAAACCAGAAACUCAUCCCUUGCUGUAUGUUUAAGGAAAGUGCUUGUACAAAGGAGGAAGAAUUGUCUUUAAAAUGCCAGUACAUACAACCUAAAGGAGGAUUUGGGGUUUCUGAACCUAAAUUUGGCCAGGAGUGGCAGAAAAGUUUUCACUGCUAAUGAUGUACAUCAGAUUUAAGUGGCAAUCUGAAGAUGUGACACAGCUGUUGCAAAAUGCAGUAAUUGAGGUGAUAGGUUUCCAAGGUCUAUGUGUGUGUUGUAUUCUGUUUGUGAUGGUUCAUAUCUGGUCCACUCAACACUGUAGUUUACAAGUUGCCUUUUGUGUCUGCCAGUGCUUGAAAUUCUGUUUAGAGUCUUAAAAAUAAGCUUUAAGAGUUACUAUGUCCUUGAGCUUCUUUGUAGCUGUCCUGUUUUUUCCACCAGGAAGUUUAAGGCAGAAUUUAGUGAAGCUAUAUGCUUGCUCUGAACUGUAGGAUAUCCCAGAAAUUGUAGAAAUCCUGGGUGCUGCAUAGUGCAUCUACUCUUUAUGCUGAGGAAGAUUUGUAUAGUGGCUCUGGUAGAUGCUGCUCAGAAACGUGGCAACACGGGGCUGGUGGUUGUAUUCUGGGUCAGUAUCAGGGGUGCUGCUUCUGCUGCCCAAGUGUACUGGGACAAGAUCACUCGUGUAUGAUCCAGAAACACGAAACUUGAGAAUGUUACCAUUUUAUCCAUUUUAUUUUCACUUGUUACACUUACCCUUCCAGUAAAACACAACCCUUUGUUUUUUGGAUGUCCAACUGAGGCUGUGUUUCCUACUGCAAGCUAGGAAGUCACCUGGGAAACAACAAUGUAAUGUAACUGCUGAAUGUUUCCGAUAUAGGUGUUCAACUGUUCAUUUUCUUAAUUAUCAAUAUGUGAAACUUACCAGCUGAAUGGGUGAUCAUUGCUGAUAUCUUAGGAUGGAUGGUUUUCAUCUCUAGUAAAUGUUCUUCAAAUGCUUUGUAAGAUUAACACCUUUGAGUUUUCUAUUUUUAAUCUUAUGUAAAUGUUACAAGAUGUAGUUUGUAGCUUUGGGCAGCAGAUGGAACCAAACUGGACUAAAUGCAAAAGUGAAAUUUGCUUUAUUAUUAAAGCUGAGGGUAAAAUCAAA